GGCGUUAGGGUGUUAAGCCCAGUCCAUCAGUGAUCUCAAAACAACAGCUCCACACCUUCAUCAUAUGGUUUAGGCUUUAGUCUUUUUCAGUCUCAUAGUAGUAGUGAUAUGAUCACUAUUAUUAAAUGUUAAAAAUUAUGAUUAUUAGCAUCCGUUUUUGAGUUUUAAACUGUAAGCAGGUCAUCUUUGUUAAUAUAAAGCCACCUCCAACUGGUUCAGGCUCAAGCUGACCUUCAUUAUGAUACCUUGCCCCUUGUGCAAUCUCUCUCUCUCUCUCUCUCAAACAGAAAAAGUUUUAAAAUUGUUGCAAUAUUAACCCUGAAGUAGGGGGCAGCUAAAAGAUAAGUGUUAAAUGCCCACCAACAACUUCUUUAGCCUCUUUUUUUCUUGAAACCUUGUAGCACAUUCUUCCUUAUUCCAAGCUUGGAAGCAACCACCUCAUUCUUCUCUUUCUCUCUCUCUCUCUCUCUCUCUCAAGUCAAGCUCUGUUUCCCAGUUCAUUUUUUGGCUUUGAGAAUUUUUUGUUGGGUUUCAGUCUGUUGUAAAACAUGAGUAAACAAGAGAUAAUGAAGAUGCAGCAGACUUGUGUUCUGAAAGUGAAUAUACAGUGUCACUGUGAUGGGUGUAAGAAGAAAAUAAAGAAACUCCUGCAAAAAGUUGAUGGGGUGUAUAAUACAACAAUAAAUGCAGAGCAAGGGAAGGUAACUGUGACAGGAAAUGUUGACGCAGCAAAACUCAUAAGGAAGCUUGAGAAGUCAGGGAAGCAUGCAGAGCUAUGGGGAGCUCCAAAGGGCUUCAACAACUACCAAAAUCUUGUCAACAAUCAAUUCAAGAACAUGCAAAUUGGGAAUGGCAAAGAUAACAAAUCUCAAAAGGGUGGAAAAGGAGGCCAACAAGGGCAACACCAAAUGCAACAAUUCAAAGGAUCUAAGGAUCUAAAGAUGCCACCUCAUAAAGACCAGAAAUCUGUCAAGUUCAACUUGCAGGAUGAUUAUAUUGAUGCAAGUGAUGAUGAUGAUUUUGAUGAUGAAUUUGAUGACGAAUUUGACGAGUUUGAUGAUGAUUUUGAUGAUGAUGAUGAGGAGGAGGAGUUUGGUCAUGGUUAUGGACAUGGUCAGGGUCAGGGUCAGGGUUAUCAUUUGCCUAACAAAAUGAUGCCCAUGAUGGGCAAUGGUCAUGGAGCUCAUGGCCCUCAUGGUAUGAUUAAUGGACCUAUGCUUAAUGCUAAAAAGGGUGGUGGUGGUGGUGGAGGAGGAGGAGGAGGAGGAGGAAGAGGAGGAAAUGCCAAGAAAGGUGGUGAUGAUUUUGAGAUACCUUUGGUCAUGAAGGGCAAAGGCAACAAUAAUGAUGGGAAGAACGGGAAUGGAGGAAAGAAAGGUGGAGGUGGUGGUGAUGGGAAGAAUGGUCAUAGCAAGGGAGGGAGUGUAAAACAAGAUGGUAAAGAUAAAAAUGGCAGCAAAAGUGGGAUUGGAGGGUUCUUGAGUUUUGGGAGGAAGAGUAAAAAUGGAAGAGAAAGUAGUACUGAUAAGAGCUUCAAUAAUGGUGGCUCAGCUGGAAACAAUAAUUCCAAUGGGGCCAAGAAAGGUGGAGGCAAAAACGAUAGGGUCCAUGAUUCUAACAAAAUGAAAAAUGGAUACCAUGAAAUUGAUGUUAAUAGGGGUGGUGGUGGUGGUGGUGGUGCCAAGAACAUGGGUCAGAUGAGCCAGAUGAGCCAGAUGGGUCAGAUGAGCCAGAUGGGCCAGAUGGGUCAGAUGGCCCAGAUGCGCCCAAUGGGUAAUUUUCCUGCAGUGCAAGGACUGCCUGCACCACCAGCAGCCAUGAAUGGUGGUUAUUAUCAAGGGAUGAUGGGAGGAGGCAACCCUUACAAUCAACAAUAUAUGGCAAUGAUGAUGAAUCAGCAGAGGCAAAAUGGGAAUGAUAUGUUUCAACCAAUGAUGUAUGCCAGACCGCAACCGGCUGUUAAUUACAUGCCGCCGCCGCCAAUGCCACCACAUCCAAUGGCUGAUCCCUACACUCACUUCUUCAGUGAUGAAAAUGCCAAUAGUUGCAGUGUAAUGUGAAGUUGCUAGACUAGUUUUAAUAAUGUUCUAGCUUAUCUGGGAUAUGAGCUUUUGGAAUGGGGGGAUUAUACAAGGGUGUAAGGUUUUAAAAUUACCUUUUACCUAUGUGAUGGAACUUGGAAAUAGGUUGUAAUUUUUGUUUCAAACCCCUUUGUUUGAUAGUAAUAUUAUUUCUUUACCUUUUACCUUC